AUGCCGUCACUAUUUCGGCAUGACGCAGGCUUCUCUGGAGUAUGGUGGUUACCAAACGGUCACGCACACACGAUCUAUACUUUCUUCAGCCGAGACGAUGAUGCUAUCCUCUACGAGAGGACCUUGAUCAGUGUUCUCGAUGGAGGGACUUUGGCUCUGGAUGUCACACCUUCUCUCGCUGCGAAACCUCGUAAACACUUGGAACCUAUACUUCUCGUGACACACGGGUUGACUGGUGGCUCGCACGAGUCCUACGUACGAGCAGCUUUGCAUAAGUUGACGGCCUCGACCUCCGCAGGGGGGUUAUCGUUACGUGCCGUGGUGAUGAACUCGAGAGGCUGCAAUAGGUCACCAGUGACGAGCGCAAUGCUUUACCACGCCGGAACCACGGACGACAUCCGACACGCCAUCUUGUGGAUAUCACAAAACUUUCCCCUUUCGCCGAUAUUCGCACUUGGGUUCUCGCUUGGAGCUAACGCACUCACAAAAUAUGCGGGAGAAGAGGGCGAUUCGUGCCCACUCAGCGCCAUGAUGAGCGUAGCGAACGUCUGGGACUUUACCAAAGGCAGCCAUCACAUCGAGCGUGGAUCGGUCUUCAAUCGUCUCGUGUACAACAACGUCCUUGGCGGCGCGUUGCGCUCACUCCUUUACACCCAUCGCCACGCCUUCGAGAAAGACCCGUCCAGUCCCAUUCGAGGUCCAAGGCUGGAGACCUUGUUUCGGAAAAAUUUGGUCUCACUACGAGCGUAUGAUGAGUUGAUUACCACGAAGUUAUAUGGGUUUCACAGCGCAGACGACUAUUACGCCACCAUCAGCUCCAUUCGCUUCAUAUCUAAAAUUCGAGUCCCGUUCCUUAGUCUCAACGCGAUGGACGAUCCCAUUGUUGGCGCUAAUACUUUACCUAUCUGUGAGGCACUGACUAACCCUUGGACCGUCCUUGCACGAACGGGUAAAGGGGGGCAUCUCGGAUGGUAUGAACGGGCGCCGGACGGAUCACUUCGUCGUUGGUAUGUCGCCCCCGUGUACGAGUUCUUGAGCGCGAUGAUCUCUGUACGUGUCCACUCCAUCUAG